AUGGCGGAGGGUGCGGAACUGAAGCAAAUGGUAAUGAGCCUGCGGGUGUCGGAGCUGCAGGUGCUGCUGGGCUACGCUGGGCGCAACAAGCAUGGACGCAAGCACGAGCUGCUGUCCAAGGCGCUGCAUCUGCUGAAAGCCGGCUGCAGCCCUGCCGUGCACAUGAAGAUCAAAGAGCUGUACCGGAGGCGCUUCCCUGCCAAAAUGGUCCCCCACUCAGAAAUGGCCCUGCCCGGCCCACAUCACCCAGCCUCAGCUGGGGUGGUUGGGGGAGGGGGCGCAGCACUGCCCGCCGGCCUGACGCAACUGGCAUAUGAGGGUCACGCCGGACACGGAGGAGCCCCUUCGCCUGCCGCUUUACUGCCCCUCUCACUGCUCGGUCCCGGGAAGCACGAGCUGACUGGAAUGCAUCACCUGCCCACCUCGGCCACGCUGCACCCCGUCCACCCGGACGUCAAGCUCGUGAGGCUGCCGUUCUACGACAUGCUGGAUGAACUCAUCAAGCCGACAAGCCUAGCCACAGACAACAGCCAGCGGUUUCAGGAGACAUGUUUUGCCUUCGCAUUAACACCACAGCAGGUUCAGCAAAUCAGCAGCUCCAUGGACAUCACGGGGACCAAGUGUGACUUUUCAGUUCAAGUUCAGCUGCGGUUCUGCCUGUCAGAGACGAGCUGCCCUCAGGAAGACCAUUUUCCACCCAAUCUGUGUGUGAAAGUUAAUGGGAAGCCAUGUAACCUGCCGGGUUAUCUCCCUCCAACCAAAAAUGGUGUCGAGCCUAAGCGGCCCAGCCGGCCCAUCAACAUUACCUCACUGGUCAGGUUGUCCACCACGGUCCCCAACACCAUCGUCGUAUCGUGGACGGCUGAGAUCGGAAGGAGCUACUCCAUGGCGGUGUAUUUGGUGAAGCAGCAGUCGUCCACAGUGCUGCUGCAGAGACUACGAGCGAAAGGGAUCAGAAACCCAGACCACUCCAGAGCUCUCAUCAAAGAGAAGCUAACGGCCGACCCCGACAGUGAAAUAGCCACAACCAGCCUUCGAGUGUCGCUGCUCUGCCCGCUGGGGAAGAUGCGGCUGAUGAUCCCAUGCAGAGCGCUGACAUGCUCCCACCUGCAGAGCUUUGACGCCACGCUCUAUAUUCAGAUGAAUGAGAAGAAGCCCACCUGGGUUUGUCCUGUCUGUGACAAGAAGGCCCCCUACGAGCACCUCAUCAUUGACGGGCUUUUUGUGGAGAUCCUCAACAGCUGCAUGGACUGUGAUGAAAUCCAGUUUAAAGAGGAUGGCAGCUGGGCCCCCAUGAGGUGUAAGAAGGAAGUGCAGGAGGUUUCCUCAGCUUCCUGCAACAACGGCCUGGAUGGGUGUCAGAGGUCCGACGGCUCGGAUCAGCGGAGCCCGUCGUCCUCCAGCCACGGCGACGGCAGCAACGGCAAAAUGGUGGAAGUGAUCGACUUGACAUUGGACAGCUCCUCUGACGAAGAAGAACCCGAUUCGCCGCCUCCGCAGCCUCCACCGCUGGCUCUUCCUGUCAAAAGGCCGUGUCCCUCGUUGUCCCCGGCCUCGCCGCCCAUCAUUAACAAAGGCAGCGUGUUGAACCUGCACCACCAGGCGUCUCCUGUGAGCCGCACCCCCAGUAUGCCGGCGAUGGACACCGGCUACAUCCCCCCGGUCCCCCCGCUCAUCCAGGACUACAGACCGUACUACCACACCCCCAACGACCUGUCAGAGUUGAACUUCUUCUCUUUUCUUCAAGGAGACAAUCAUCAGCAUUACAACAUGGUGAUGGCGGCGGCGGCUGCCGCCUCGGCCUCGGAUGACCACGAACUGCUCUUCAACCGCUUCCUGCCCUACAGCACGUCCUCCUCCGCCUCCCAGCUGUUCCUCAACCAGUCGACGGCCUCCUCCAGCACCUCGCUGACCGCGCCCACCAACGGGGCCAGCAACUCGGGCAGCAACAGCAGCCUGGUGUCGUCCAGCAGCCUCCGAGACGCCACGCACCUGUCCUCGCACGCCAGCUCACACUCCUCGCACACGCACCCCAGCGUGGUGGCCAGCCGGAGCAGCACUGAAGCAGCCGUGGCGGCGAUUUACAGCGGGAUACCCGACGUCAUAUCGCUGGACUGACCCCAGCAGGAGUCGGAGCGACGGUCCGGGCCCAGCGUCACCGCAGUUACAGACCCAGUCACACUGACCGCAGAGUACGGUCUCGGUGCAGGAACUAGACUCUAGUCCUCAGGGGAGAUUAAGAUGACAGACUGCCUCGAGAAGAGCACAAACGACAGAGAACGGGCGACAUCACUUAAAGGGAUCAGCUGUGGGUGUUGUGUCGGUGUUUUCCGGUCCAGCGCGUGAACCACGUUCCUGCUCCACUGGUACCGAGCCGGCACAAACCGCAGAGAUGCUACCUAAGCAAAAACACAAAGUUGGAAGGCUUUUCUUUCUUUCAUUUUUCUUUUUUUUUUCUUUUUUUACACAAAACAAGGAGUGGCACCAUGUACAGAGAACAAAAUCUAUUUUCCUCCUUUACUUUUGUAUGUUAAAUCUGAACAUUUUCAGUCUAGUGAGCUGCUUCUAUGGCUUCUUUCUAAGUGGAGGACUUCUCUUCUUUUCUUUUUUCUCCUCCCAUAAAAGCUUAUAAAAAUGCCGUUGACAUGUCUUCUUCUUCUUCUCUGUCGACUCUUUAAAUUUCCCAUCUCUGUCUGUCCAGCGUUAAUUUCAUUACUCUCCUUUGCCAUCGCUCAUGUUCACAUUUUCACAGUGUAUUUUUUUUUUUUCCUCCGAUGACAAAAACUUUUCAGAUGCUGAAUCGACAGUUUUAAUUGUGUGCUUGUAAUUUUCUAAUGCUUUUAAGUUAUGUAUGGUAUUUAAACAGUUAUAUAUGCAUUCCCUUUGACCGUGGGGUUAAAGCUGUGGGGAGUGUGCAGGUGCAAAUCAGCCAUUUCCGGGUUUUCAUUUUCACUUCUUGUAAAGACUCACUACAGCAUUUAGAAAUGAAACUAUUUAUACUUGCCAAUUUUAGACAUUUGAGCUGGAAGAGGUUUUUUUUUUUUUUUUUUUUUUUUUUUUUGCACAAUGCCAAAAAGUAGGUACUCAUGAAAGUGACCACAGUAAUCAAGAGUGCAGUUGCAUCUGCGUGCCAGUGUUUCUAGGCGAGCGUCCACUCUUUUAGUUUCGGUGGUUAUUAAGACUCUGUCCUCUUUUCUUUUCUUUGUCUCGUCUUCUCGGUUGACUGUUAAAAGGAGAUUCCAGUGGAGCUGCUGAGGCAGCAUC